CCGGCUUUGCUUGUGGAGUGGGUUGUGACGUGGCAGAAGGCGGAAGCGAUGUUGCGGCAGGACAGUAAUGAUGAGACAGAAGAUGUGUCACUUUUUGAUGGUGAUGAUGCAAUGUCCAGCAAGCCCAAGAAAUCAAAAAUAAAACAUCCUAUAGCUUCCUUUUUCCACUUGUUCUUCCGGGUCAGUGCAAUAAUUGUCUACUUACUUUGUGAAUUAUUAAGCAACAGCUAUAUUGCCUGUAUGGUAACAAUCAUCUUACUUCUAUCGUGUGACUUUUGGGCAGUGAAGAAUGUCACAGGGAGGUUGAUGGUUGGCCUCCGAUGGUGGAACCAGAUUGAUGAUGAUGGCAAAAGCCACUGGGUGUUUGAAGCCAGGAAGGCAUCUACUCAGGGGAGGAAAGCUGUAUCAGAAGCAGAGUCCAGAAUCUUCUGGUUAGGAUUAAUCACAUGUCCGUUACUCUGGGUGAUUUUUGCCUUCAGUGCCCUAUUUUCCUUCAAAGUUAAGUGGCUGGCAGUGGUAAUUAUGGGUGUGGCAUUGCAAGGAGCCAAUCUUUAUGGCUAUAUUCGGUGCAAAGUGGGUAGUAGGAAGAACCUGACAAGUGCAGCAACUUUCUACUUAGGAAGGCAGUUCCUGCGGCAGGCCUAGAGAGUAAAAGAAUUCAAGAUCCAACACUGGCCUGUUUAGGUUCUGUUACAACUGAGAUGGGUGCUUGUUUCAGUUGUAUGUAUUAUAGCUCUGUCUUGGCCUGUUGAGGAAAGAUGCCGCAUAAGCUGUCUGAGUGCUCUCUCCUGUAAUUUGAAUGCAUAUGACUUAUCUUUGAGAAAUAAGACUUGAGGGUCUAUAGCUUUAGAAUGACCAUCAUGACUUGAAUGACCUUCCCUGUCCCAUGUAACUAUCUCCAGAGACACUGUUUAGGUAGUUCUACUUCCUUGAAAAAAAUCUCUGCAAGAGGAUGCGGACAUGUGCUUUGAUAAUGGCCUUUUCCAGGCAAAGGUCCAGUCAUUGUGUCUUUGCCCAUACAAGGUAGGACAGAGAAUAUUUUUUUCCAGAGUUGGGGCAAGUUCAGCUUCCUAGAUGAUUUUUCAAAGAGUUUGACUCCUAUUAAUGUAGUCCUGAUCUAAUACUACUUCCUUUUCUUUUGCAGACCACAUCCAAAGAGGACCAAGCAGUAUCUUGAAGUUCAUGAAGAAACACUAGCUGCCAUUUUCAUUCCUUUUGGAGAAUGAAAAAACUUUAUCUUGGCCUCUGUACAGGAAAUUUAUAAUCUGUGUAUGGAAUUUUGUAAUUAAAUAUAUCUUAUAGAA